AUGGAUGACUUCAAUAUAAUCGCUCUCAAGCGUUUUGUGAGUCCGUCGGCGCUGCUUAGCCUCGCUGGUCUUUGGCUCGGUUACCGUGUCGCUCUAGCGCUAUACAACAUCUCUCCUCUCCACCCACUCUCCAAGUUCCCUGGUCCAAAGAUUGCCGCUGCCUCUUAUGUGUAUGAGGCUUACUAUGAUUGGAUCCUUCAAGGCCGUUAUGGCAGGAGGAUAGAGAAGAUGCAUGAGGAAUAUGGUCCAAUUGUUCGCGUUAGUCCUGAUGAACUUCACUGCAGUGACCCCUACUUUGCAGAUGAGAUCUACACUGGAAAGCCAGGCCGAAUUCGCGACAAAUGGCAGCAUCAUCUCAAGAUAGCAGGCGCUGGCCCAGCCUCACAAGCGACCGGCACAGCUGGACCUCACGAACUACAUCGUAAACGCAGGGCUGCCCAUGCUCGUUUCUUCUCACGUGGACAGGUCCUCAAGCUCGAAGAGGAGGUGUUCAAGUUCGCUGAGCUCUUCAUCCAGAAGAUGCUGCGGUGGACAGGAAAAGAGGCCUUUGAAGUUAAGGGCGCAUUCAACUGCUACACCGCCGAUGUAUUCUCGCAGUAUGCAUUUGGAGAGCCCAUGGGCUUUAUCGCGCAAGAGGGCUGGGAACCUAACUUUGGAACUUGGACUUCAUCAUUCUUGAAAACUACUUACAUGAUGCGCCACAAUGCGCUGGCUAGGCGUCUAGCCGAUGUCCUCCCUAUAUUCGCUGACUACAUGGGCGAGGAUGUCAAGAGGAUUAUGCACCAGAUGAACCAUGUCAUCCCAGCUUACAUCAAGACAGCCCUGGCGAAUCCUGAUGGCGGCCGUGUCUUUAAUGAGAUUCUGAACUCCAACGUCUUGCCUGAAGAGGAAAAGAGCAUGUUUCGUCUCUCGGGCGAGGGAUUUGUUUUUCUUCUCGCUGGAACGGAAACCACUGCGGCUAUUCUUACAGUUAUGACAUUUCAUAUGCUCCACCAGCCCAAGAUCUACGGUCGUCUGAUGAAAGACCUCGAAGGUAUUGAUCCUGACAAUCUCAAAUGGGCGCAGCUUGAGCAGAGACCCUACCUCUGGGCUCUUGUCCAAGAGUCUUUGAGGCACCAGCCUGGUGCGGCAGGUCGAUCGGCUCGUAUUGCACGCGAGGAGGAGCUCUUCUAUAAGAGUCAAGAUGACAAGACGCAAUACGUGAUCCCGCGAGGCACGCCUGUGAGCAUGACAGCCAUGAUCAACCACUGGGAUACACGCCUGUUUCCUAACCCUGAUGCGUUCGAUCCUGAGCGAUGGCUUCUGCCAGACGGCAAGCCUCAUUAUGCGCUGCAGAAAUUCCUCAUCUCAUUUUCAAAGGGAUCUAGAGUCUGCGUCGGCGAGAGUCUUGCGCUGUGCGAGGUCUAUAUCAUGGCCGCCCUGAUGGCUUUCAGAAUUAUUCCCAAAGCCGAGCUUUUCGAGACUACGAUUGAGGACCUUACGUAUGACCAUGACUUGGUUGUGUUGCAGACCAAAAAGGGGCAUAUUUCAACUCGCAUCAAGAUCUCAUGA